UGCCACUUUUUCGAAGUCUCCGUGGCACAGAAAUUUGCGCGGUUUUUACCAAUUCACAGACUCGCGGAAUAGGGCAAUUUGGCUAAUUUUCCGUAAAAAUAUUUGACUAAAGUGCAAGUGAAAUGAGUUCCGGGGAUAUUCAGAAUAAGCUCAACAAGUACAAACUGAAAGUGAAGCUGUGGGAGAAGGAAUUCAAGGAGAAAAACAAACGGAUACCAUCAAAGCAUGAUAUAAAGGAAGCAGGAAGGGAGAUUAAAGAUGCCUACAAGAUGUACUACAAGAUUACCACUUCCCUACUCAGCAAUACCCUGACAGAUGCCCUAGAAGACGAUGAUGACGAUGGGAGUCCUUCUAGGGAGGCUUUCCGGGAGAUAUCAUUCUCCUCACCCAGCAAGACAGAUCCCCAAGAUUCUUCAAACAGUGACAUCAAUAUUUCAUCCACCAGCAGGGAUUUACCGACCCAGGAAGCUCUGGUAAGUGGAGACAAUGUUAAAGUAUGGGGAAGUCAUUUGUGCAAGAAAGCCAAAGUAUCAAAGACUCAGCCAGUCGGGAAGACUAAAAUUACCCUGGCUAGCAAAUUGGGAUCAUCAAUGAACUUUGCCAAGAGAAACCCUAGAAAAUCUUUCAGUAGGAUCAAUUCCACAGCCUCAGAAAAAGGGGAAAAUUCUCGGUCUAUUGCAUCUCCCACAGACAUUCCGGACUUUGAGACACUUUUGUCUCAGAGAUCCACUCAAAUACCAGACAUUGUGGCUCCAGAGAGCGAUAAGAUAUCCCUGAAUGUGGAGAAGAACUUUGAUCCGGGUUGGAUUGAGAGAUGUGGAGGAGAAACUGGAGAAGAUACGCGUGAAAUUGACCCUUCUCAGUUUGCCUCAAAGCUCAAUGUUAAUUCAUCUGAAAGGCUAACUUUUGGGCUUUCCAUGGGGAAUAUAUCUAAAUCAGCGACAGAAUCAUCCUCCACAGUUACCAGCAGAGUGUCCAAGGAAGCAGAUUCCGAUGGAUCUGUCGUGGAAGACAGUGAAGAUGAAGCUGUUAUCUUCAGUCAACAAUCCGUAAGACAUGUACUCAAGAAACGCAAAGUUUUCAGUUCAAUUCACAAUCGUCAGGCCAGGGAGAAUGAAAGAAUAAAAGCUGAACAGGAAGAGGCCAAAAAGAAGCUUGAGCAGCAAGUUCGGUCCAUUCAGGAAUCUCAAAAAAUCCCCAAGAAAUCUCGCAGGAAAACACGUGGAAAGAACGAUGUGAAUUAUAAAGAAGAUUAUUCUGAUGAAGAUUCCCUCGAAAAUGACGCAUUCGAACCCUCAAAGACCAGAGCAAGGACUCAGCAGAAGCUCAAGAAGCAGAAAAAAGAUGAACUCCUCCCGGAAACAUCCACAAAUGACCAAUACCUUCCUCCUUUGGACACAGAAUUCACAAAGAAAAUUCCCCGAGUGGGAGAGAAAUUCCUGUCAGAGAGUGAAAAACUCUUCAGCAGUUACAUCAGACAAACUUUGCCGGAAGAUCCUCUGAGCAAAGAGCCACAGAAAUCUUCCAGAAAAGCCCAGGAAAGAGACAAACUGCAGCAGAAAGUUUCUUCAGGGAAGGCCAAUGAGAAUUUCGUGAAGAUCAACAUGAAGAAGAAGGUUUUUGUGCGUGGAAAGAAGACCCUGAACUUUUCGAAAUACAAGAAAACCCUCUGGAGGAGGAAGAAAGCUGCCGCACUCUUAGAUGACAGGGGAUGCGAUGGUGAAGAAUUUAAAUGUUUUGAAUGUGGAGCUACUGGACAUUUUGCCUCCAAAUGUCCCAGAAAGGAGAAUUUUCCAAGUGCUCCCGUAACAGAAGAAGCCGAUCAUGAGGAUUCUGUGGAGGAAUCUGCCCUACAGACUCUCGAGGAUGCAGCCAAUUGUGCAAAAAUUGCUGAAGAAAAUUCCGAAGAAUCUACAAAUUACCUGGAAGCUUCAGAAAUGGAAGCAGUGGCGAAGGAACUGGAAAAAUCUUUCAAUGAAGAUACCCAGGAAGUUGUUUAUUCCCUCACAACGGACGGACAAAUCCCAGAAACGCUUCCAGAAGUCACAGAAGCUCUCCAUCAAUUUGGACAUGCAGCCUUCCGUUCUGGCCAGGAGAGAGCUAUCAUGAGGAUUCUCUGUGGACUCUCCACUCUUGUCACUCUCAAUACCGGCAGUGGCAAAUCCCUUUGCUACCAACUGCCUGCUUUGCUCUACAGUCGCCACGGUAAAGGGAUGACUCUCGUUAUCUCUCCUCUGGUUUCCCUCAUGGAGGACCAAGUCAGUGGAAUUCCCAACUUUAUAAACGCCAGAUGUCUGCACACUAACCAAACGCCCAAGAUGCGUCAGCUGGUGAUUCAGGAGCUGAAAGAGGGACGUGUGAAUUUGCUAAUGGUAUCUCCGGAAGCAGUUGCUUACGGUGACAAAAAGUCCGAGUUUGGACAGAUUCUAAGUUCUCUCCCAAGGAUCGGCUUUGUGUGCAUUGAUGAGGCUCAUUGCUUGUCCCAAUGGAGUCACAACUUCCGGCCCAGCUACCUCAUGCUCUGCAAGAUCCUCAGAGAAAAGCUCAAAGUAUCCUUAAUCUUGGGUUUGACAGCAACUGCCACAAAUCUCACGAGAGAUGAAAUUGUGCGUCAAAUAGGAGUCCCAGAUGGGAUAGCUGGAGUCAUUAGUGAUAUUCCUCUCCCAAAUAAUCUAAUUCUAACAGUAUCUACAGACGUUAAACGAGAAGAUGCACUGAUCAAACUUCUGGACACCGCUCCAUUUGCCGGAAAUUCAGUAAUUAUAUACUGUACUCGGAGAGAGGAUUGUGAACGUGUGGCAACGGCUAUUAGAGUGGCAAUGGGUGAUGUACCGACAUCAUCAAGGAAAAGGAAGCGCACAAACUGGUUGGCCGAAGUAUAUCAUGCAGGAGUAGCUGCUUCUCGUCGACGGACCAUUCAAAAUGCAUUUAUGAGUGGAGAAUUGAAAAUUGUAGUGGCAACAAUUGCCUUUGGGAUGGGUAUUAACAAACCAGAUAUCCGAGCAGUUAUUCAUUUCAAUAUGCCCAAAAACUUUGAAAGUUACGUCCAGGAAAUUGGACGAGCAGGGAGAGAUGGUAUUGAAGCACGUUGUCAUCUUUUCCUAGAUCCCAAACGGAGAGAUAAAAUUGAGCUUCAGAGAUUUAUUUAUGCAAAUUCUUUAGAUCGUUUUACACUUCGACGACUUUUGCAGAAGAUAUUUGUUCCUUGUGCUUGUCAGAAAGACGGACGCAGAGAAUCCUGCCCAGGGCAUGAAAUAGCCUUUUCAGUGGAAGCUACUGUUCAGGCACUGGAUAUUCCGGAGGAGAACAUCUCCACUCUCCUUUGCUACUUAGAACAACAUGUGGAGUCAAUAGAAAUUCUAAGCAAAGCGUAUGUGAGAUGUCGGGUUUUCUCCUAUGGAGGAGCCGAACAACUCAAAAAAGUCGCAAAAUCCUGUCCACCUCUUGCCAUGGCCAUUUCAAUAGGGAUUAAAGAGGGAAAAUUCCGACCUGAUGAUAACAGUAUAGAGUUUUCAACAGUAGACGUAGCUGCAGCUUUGGGAUGGGACAGUGGAAUUGUAAAGUACCAGUUGAAGAAUUUGGAAUGGAUCAAGAUUAAUAAUAGCAGUAGGAGGACAACAAUUUCUGUUCAGUUUGACGAUAUUGGCUUUCGUAUUCGUGCUCCUGGAAAUUUUACUGACGAACAGAUGGACAAUAUCCUGGAAAUGCUGAUUAACAGGGUGGCUCAACAGGAAAAUCUCGAAAUUUAUCAGCUUCAAAGCAUCUUCGAGGGUCUUACCUCUGUUGCCUUGCCAAAUGUGGCCAGUGUCCUGAACCGGGAUUGCCUUGAAUCCUCUGAGAAAUUGAAGACGAUUAUCCGGGAAUAUUUUGAGAGGACGCAAGUGGGCAAAAUUGAGGUGACUGAAGAUCCAGAUGACACCACAGACGAACAACUUGAACGAGACAUCCGCUAUAUGGUGGCAAAUUACCCAGACACCAGCUUCACGGGAAGAUCUCUGGCCAGAAUCUUCCAUGGUAUCUCCAGUCCCAAUUUCCCGGCCAUCGUGUGGGGACGCUGCAAGAUGUGGCGGGCACACAAUCUCACCAAUAUCCAUCGUAUUAUCGAUCUGGGAAAUGCAAUCAUACUGAAGAUGAGGAUGUAGGAGGGUGGAGACAGAGUCUGGGAAUUUUUGGGAAUGCUGAGCUAAAUGUGUUGACCAUUAAAAACGGCGUGAUUUUGAAAGUUUGAA